GGAAGUGAAGUGAUGAAGGGCUCGGCGGAGGGAUACAUGGACAAUCCCCCCUUGUGGUAGCGGCAAUAUACACGGCGUCCCUCCGCCAGUGGAGCUCCAUCUAACGGACGAGCACAUUCCCGAUCCUCGGACUGCUGCCUCCACACACCGACAAGCACACAAUCCAUCAGACAUGGCCGACCAACUAACAGAAGAGCAGAUCGCAGAGUUCAAGGAGGCCUUCUCCUUGUUCGACAAGGACGGAGACGGCACCAUCACCACCAAAGAACUUGGCACCGUCAUGAGGUCGCUGGGACAGAACCCCACAGAGGCCGAGCUGCAGGACAUGAUCAACGAGGUGGACGCUGACGGAAAUGGAACCAUCGACUUCCCAGAGUUUUUGACCAUGAUGGCCAGGAAAAUGAAGGACACAGACAGCGAGGAGGAGAUCCGUGAGGCUUUCCGGGUAUUUGACAAGGAUGGGAAUGGCUACAUCAGCGCUGCAGAACUGCGUCACGUGAUGACGAACUUGGGAGAGAAGCUAACAGACGAGGAGGUGGACGAGAUGAUCAGAGAAGCAGACAUCGAUGGAGACGGGCAGGUCAACUAUGAAGGUGAAGACACCAGAGUUUGUUCGCGUGGUGAUCACAUUAUGAUGGGACUGUCUCCUGACUGGAACUAGCUUGGUCACCUGUGU